CAGAGCGACGCAGCCUUGGGUGCAGUCGUCACUCGCGUCUGGCUAGCAGCUCCCCGCCGCCCAGCGCACGGCGGGCUGGCAUCGGGCCCGGGGAAAGCGGAGCAGUUUGAUGUGGCACUGUUUGUGGUGAGGCGAGGGAGGAAGAGAAAACCGCACGGAAUCUAUGGAGGUCUUCACAUAAGCUUGCAGUAGGGCUGUUUGCCACUGGAAAUAAGGGAAAGAGGGCAAGACCAGCCUGGAACUAUAGAGAUUUGCCUGAAUGCCUCCUUGAGAGCUUGAUAUCACUGAAAACAAAGAAAUAAGGAGGAAAUUGCCUCUGAUCAUUAAAGACUGGUCCAAAGAUCUUAGGAAUCUAUAUAUCUACUUUAAGGUGUAUCACCACACAAGAGAAGGAAAGAAGAAAGAACUUUCUUGGAUUGUUACAGGUCUACCUCCAGUGGCAGCUGUAGUGGCCUUUGAGUGGCUGAAGACCAGCACCCUCACAGGCCUACACCCAGAUCUAUCACCCUCUUUCCCCAGCCCAAGUGAGCCCCCUUGUACUUUGUUCGUGCCUUCUGCAGGGGUAAUUACAUGGGCCGUGUACAGGAAGUGGGCUGGGCAACUGCAGGACUGGUGAUUUGGGCUGGCACCUGCUACUACAUUUACAGAUUAACAAAGGGAAGAGCUCAGAGUGUGAGGAGACCUGCCAGAAAUGGGUCCCAAGUCAAGAUGGAGACUGUGGUUGGGGUACAGAGCCAGACCUUGGCCAAGGAUGAAGCCAUGGCUGGGUCAGAGAUUGAGAUUAGACCCAAGGCCGAAACUGGAGCAGGAAGUGGGCCCAGAGCUGAAGUAGAGACUAAGGUCACUGUUAUAGCCAGACCUAAAGCCAGCUCUCAGGCCAAGUCAAUGACUGAGGCAGAGAGAGAGAUUCAAUCUGAGGCCAACUCAGUGUCUGGAACAUUGGUGGAGACUGAGGCAGUGUCUUUGACUGAGGUCAAAGCCCAGGAAGUGGCCAUGAAAGAGGCAGUGACGCAAACUGAUACUGAGGCUAAGGGAGUAGGCAAGAAAGAGGCAGUGACCCAGACCAAGGCAAAAGCUUGGGCACUGGUUGCUAAAGCAGAGGCCAAGAAAGAAGCAAUGACCCAGACGAAAGCUGAAGCUCGUACAUUGGCUGAAAAAGAGACAGAGAUUAAUCGAGUGAUGGUAACACAGAGUGAGGUCUUGACAGUGACCAGGGAAGUGGUCAAAAUCGAGACCAUGAACAAGACUGCAAUUGUGGCUGAAACCAAGUCAAGAUCCCUGGAAGAGUCUGUGAGUGUGGUUAAGACUCAGCCUAAUGCUAGGCCUGGUGUCACAUUUGAUGCUAAGGAAAAUCCCAAUAACAUGACCAGGGCAGUGGCUGGAUUGGAUGUGAAGUACAGUGUACAGUCUCAGGCUGUACCUAAGAUCCAAAAUGAUGGCAUGUCUGUUGCUGAGGUUGAUACGGGGAGUAAUGUUCAUGCCAUGUGUAAGGCAGAGGCAGGAGCAAGCACAAGAACCUGUAUAAUACAACCUCAGACUGUGGCAAAGAAACAGACUUUGGAAACAUCUGGCACCAGGCCUAAUGACAAAGGAAAUACCAAUGGCAUAGCUAAGGCAAUGACUGGACCUGACAUAAGAGCUGCUGCCCAGUCUCAAGGUGUAAUUGGUGCUCAGGUUGCAGCAAUGCCUAAUGCCUGGGUUAAAGGUAGAGGCAAUUCUAAUGUCAUGGCUACAGCAGAGGCCAGGACAAAUCUGAGAGUCAAUUCACAUGCUGAGGCCUUGCCUGAUACCAGGGAUAACACCAGAAGCAAUUCCAAUGUCAUGGCUAAGGCAGGGGCUGGGAUAGACAUAUUGUCUUGUACUUGGCCUCAGCCUGUGACCAAUGUUCUGGAUGAUGCCUUGCUUGACAACACAAUCAAGGCUAAGGACAAUGUCAGUGCCAUGUCUAAAGAAGGCACUCAGGCUUUGGGCCAGAGCCCUAGUGAAGCCUUACCUAACACUAAAGCUAAGGCUAAGGGCAAAGCCAAAGCCAAGUGUAAGACAGUGGCUGGAACAGACAUAAAACCCUGUGUCCAGCCUCAGCCUGGGGCCAAGACUCAAGCCGAGGCCUUGUCUGAUUCCAGGGUUGAUGGUAGAGUUGAUUCUAAUGCUAUUUCUAGAAUCGGGGCUAAGGCAGACCAGAGGGCCUAUGGUCAUCCCCAAGCUAUGAGCAGCUCUCAGAAUGAGGCCUUGUCUGGUACCAGGAAUAAGGUUAAGAGCAAUCUUAAUGCUUUGCCUAAGACAGAGGCAGAGGCAGCUACAACAAGCUCUGCCUAUCACCAGAUUGUGGUCACUUCUAAGAGUGACAUCUUGACUGGAGCCAAGAGUAAAGUUAGGGGCAAUCGCAAUGCUGUGCCCAAGUCAGGAGCUGGGCCAGAAUCAGGGGGCUCUGUCCAGCCCCAGAUUCUACCCAAUUCUCAGGGUGAGGCCUUAUCUGGUGCCAAAAAUAAGGUUAAGGGUAAUGCUAUGGUUAAGUCAGAGCCUGGGGUGGGUACAACAGGCUCUACCUAUUCCCAGGCUAUGGCCAUUUCCCAGGGCACAGCUUUGACUGGUGCAAAGUCGAAGGUCAAGGGCAAUUCCAAUGCUUUGUCUAAGUCAGAAUCUGGGGCAGGAAUGGUCACUGCUCAUCCUAAAGCUGUGACCAAGUCCCAGAGUGAGACAUUAUCUGGUGCCAAGAGUAAGAUCAGAGGAAAUUCCAAUGCUAUGUCUAAAGUAGAGCCUGGAACAGAGACAAUGGACUCUAACAAACCUCAGGCUAUGACCACUUCCCAUGGUGAGAACUUGCUUGGUGCCAGAAAUAAGGUCAGGGGCAAUACCAAUGCUGUGCCUAAGUCAGAGGCUGGGGCAGGUAUGGUGGGCUCUACUCAGCCUCACGCUGGGGCCAGUACCCAGGCUGGGAUCUUGCUUGGUGCCAGAAAUAAAGUCAGGGCCAAUCCCAAUGUUGUGCCUAAAGCAGGAUCCAGGUCAGGCACAAGAGGCUCUGCUCAGUCUCAAGCUGUGGCCAGUUCCCAGGAUGAGGCCUUACUUGGGGCAAGGGACAAAGCUCCGUCCAAUUCUGUAGCAGCUGCCACAGCAGAAAAUGUAGCUUAUGCAAGGCCUGAGGCUGAGGUUGUGCCCACUUCUGAAAGUGAGAGUGGGACAGGUGCACAGAUGUGUGGGAGGACUCAACCUAACAUUCAUGACUACUACUGGAAUGGGAUUGGUGUUGAAGAUUGGAUUGCUGCUGAACGGUGGAUUAAAUUUAGGUUUCAGACCAUUGAUGGAGACUGGGAGAACAGUGUAUCUUGGGCUGAUGAAGAGAAUGAAGCCAGUAUUGGGUCCUGGAGUGGGACUGGUGAUAAAACUGGUGUUGUUAGUUCCUGGGCUGUGGCUUGUGAUGAGACCAGUAUUAAGUCUUGGACUGGAGCCAGAACUGAAAAUGAGGUUCCUCUUGGGUCCUGGGUGGGAGCUGGAGACCAGGCUAGUGGAGGGCUCUGGGCUGGUGCUCAAGCUACUGAGGGGGCAUGGGCUGGGGACAGAACCAGUGGAGUUUCCUGGCCUGGGGCUGUGAAUCAGGCCAGUGGGGGCACUUGGGUUGUUUCUGGGAAUCAGGCAAUUACAGGGCCCUGGGCUGUGAGUCAAGUUAGUGAUGGGUCUUGGCCUGGAGUUCAAGCCACUGGAGUGUCUUGGGUUCUGGACCAGGCUACUGGGACUUGGACUGUGGCAGAGAACCAGGCUGCUGCAGUGUCCUGGACUGGAGCUGGAAAUAUAGUUAGUAUUGGGUACUGGACUGGAGCUGUGGACCAGACUACUGGAGCAGCCUGGGUGGGGGUUAGUGAUCAGUCUUGUGGUGAGACCAAACCCAGAUAUGAGGAUCAAGCUGGCCAAAAAGUAUCCUGGGAUGGCACUAGUGGCCAGGCCAGUGGAGGGUCUAGGUUGGGACCUGAGGACCAGUCAAGUGGAAGGUCUUGGACUGGAACUGUAGACCAAGCCAGUGGAGGGUCCUUACUUGGAAGUGUAAACCAGUCUAGUAGUGGAUCCUGGGCUGGCACUGGGGACCAGGCUAGUGGAGGACCUAUGUCAGGGUCUGCAGACCAGGCCAGUGGUGGGUCCUGGGCUGGAACUAGAAACCUAGCUGGAGGAGGAUCAUGGACUGGGACUAGUGAUCAGUCUGAUGGUGGAUCAAAGUCUAGUUUUGAGAAUCUGGACAGCAAUGGAGGGACUUGGACUGGAGCUAGUGGCCAAGCUGAUGGAGUACCCAAGUCUGGAACUGAGAAUCAGUCUAAUGGAAGAUCCUGGGCAGAUUCUGGUGGUCAAAUCAGUGGAGGGUUCUUGUCUGUGGGCCAGGUCAAUGGAGAGUCCCAGGCUGGGUCUGGUGACCUGGCUAGUGGUGGAACAAAGCCAUUAUUUGAGAACCAGUCCAGUGGAGGAAGAUGCUGGACUGAUGCUGGGAACCAGUCUGGUAGAGAAUCUGGGCUGGGAACCAGGGACCAGUCCAGUGGAAAUUCUUGGCAUGGCACUGGAAACCAGGGCAGUGGAUGGUUCUGUGCUUAUACAGGGAAUCAGACCAGUGGAGGAGGGUCUUGGAGUGGGUCUGGUGGUCACGGUGUUGGAGGGUCCACUCCAGGGCCCAUAAACCAGUCUAGUGGGUCCUGGGUUGCCACUGGAAAUCAGAUCAGUGGAGGGGCCUGGAUUGGGCCCGGAGAUCAGGCUGGUAGCUCUUCCAAACCUGGAUUUGAUGGUCAGGCCAUUGGAGGUGGGUUCUGGUCUGGUGCUGGGGACCAGGCUAGUGGAGUGUCCAGGCCAAGGGAGGAUCAGUCCAGUGCAGGAGUUUCCUGGGGUGCAACUGGUGGCCAUGUCAUUGGAUUGAGUAGACCAUGCCCCACAGACCAGUCAAGUGGUGGGUCCUGGACUACCGUUGGGAGUCAGGUCAGUGGAGGGCCCUGGGUUGGGCAUGGAGAACAGACUGGUGGCUGUUCCAAACCUGGAUUUGAUGGUCAGGCCUGCAGAGGCGGUUCCUGGACUGGUGUUGGGAACCAGACUAGUGAAGAAUCCUGGGUUGGGCCUAGGUCUGGCAAUGAAGCCUGUGGAGCUUCUAGACUGAGCCAUGAGGACCAGGCCAGUGGAAGAUUCUUAGUCAGUGCUGAGGUAGAGGCUAAUGAAGGAUUCUGGUUUGGGCCUGGAAGUGAAGCCUUUGUAGGGGCUUGGUGCUGGACAGGGCAAAACUCUACUAUUGUUCCCAUGCCUGUUGGUAAGAAUGGAGCCACUAUUCAAUCCACAUCAGGGACUGAGCAAGUGACCAGCAUUAGUUCUGGGUUGGGUGAUGAGAACAAGGCCACUACUGGGUCUUGGAUAAGAUCUUCAGGGGCAGCUUAUAUGGGUGCUUGUUUGGGGGCUGCAGCAGCUCAGGCUGGAACUAAAACUGUGAUUGAAGCUGGAACUGUGGCUGCAUCUAAGGCUGGAGCUGAGGCUGUGGCUCAGGCUAAGGUUGAAGCUGUGACAGAGGCUGAAGUGGCAGAGGCUGGGGCUGAAGUUACAGCUGUUGCUGAGACUGAGAUUGUAGCUGAGGCUGCAGUAGAGGCUGGACCUGAGGCUGCAGCUAAGGCUGGGGUUGAGGCUGAGACUGUGACCAGGAUGGGGUCUUGGUCCUGGAAUUCAGAUCUGAGUACUAUUAGGUCUAGAUUUGAAACCAAGGAAGAGGCUGGCACUAAGGCCCGGUUGGGAUCUUGGUUCUGGAAUGUACAAGAGGCUGGUGCUGAGGCUAGGAUGGGAUCUUGGCCCUUGGUUGGAGAAAAGACCCCUAAAGGGUUUAGGCCUGGAGCUAAGGAAGAGGCUGGUAUUGACACCAGGAAGGAAUCUUGUCUCUGGGAUGUGGAUUUGAGUGCUAAGAGAUCUAGGCUUGAGAUUGAAGAACAAUCUGGUACUGAGGCCAGGAUGGAAUGUUGUUUCUGCGAUAUGCACUUGGCCAUUAAAAAACCUAGGCUUGAGAUUGAGGAACCGGCUUGUACUAUGUCCAGCAUGGGAUCUUGUCUAUGGGAUGUGGAUUUGGCCAUUAAAAAACCCAGGCUUGACACUGAGGAAAAGGCUGGCACUGAGGCCAAGAUGGGAUCUUGGUCCUUAGAUAGACUUGUGACCACUACAGGAUGUAAGUUUGGAGCUGAAGGAGGAACUGGUGCUGCUAGGAUGGGAUCUUGUCUCUGGGAUGUGGAUUUGACCACCAAAGACUCUAGGCGUGAAACUAAGGAAGAGACUAGAGCCGAGGCUAGGAAGGGAUCUUGUCUUUGGGAUGUGGAUUUGACCUCUAAGGGGUCUAGGCUUGAGCCUGAGCAAGAGGCUGGUGCUGAGGCCAGGCCAGGAUCUUGUCUCUGGGAUGUGGAUUUAACCUCCAAAAGUUCUGGACUUGGGGCUGAGGAACAGGCUGGUGCUAAGGCAAGGAAAGGAUCUUGUCUCUGGGAUGUGGAUUUGACCACUAAAGAGUCUAGGCCUGAGACUGCGGAAGAGGCUGGUGCUGAAAAUAGGACGGGAUCUCGUCUCUGGGAUGUAGAUAUGACCAAUAAAGGGUCUGGACUUGUGAGUGAGGAAGUCGCUGGUGCAGAGGCCAGGAUGGGAUCUUGUCUCUGGGAUGUAGAUCUGACCACCAAAGGGUCUAGGCUUGAGACUGAAGAAGAGGCUGGUGCUGAGACCAAGGUGGGAUCUUGUCUCUGGGAUGUAGAUAUGGCCAAUAAAGGUUCUGGUCUUGGGUCUGAGAAAGAGUUUGAUGCUGAGGCCAAAAUGGGAUCUCGUCUUUGGGAUGUGGAUUUGACCACUAAAAAUUCUAGUGUUGAUACUGAGGAAGAGGCUGGUGCUGAGGCCAAGACAGGAUCUUGUCUUUGGGAUGUAGACAUGACCAAUAAAGGUUCUAAGUGUGGGACUGAGGAAGUGGCUGAUACUGAGGCCAGGAUGGGAUCUUGUCUCUGGGAUGUAGAUCUGACCACCAAAGGGUCUAGGCCUGUUGUUGAGGAAGAAGCUGGUGCUGAGGCCAGGAUGGGGUCUUGUCUCUGGGAUAUGGAUUUGAGCACCAAAGGGUCUACGUUGGGAUCUGAGAAGGAGGCUGGAGCUGAGGCUAGUAUGGGGUCUUGUCUCUGGGAUGCAGAUCUGACCACCAAAGGGCCUAGGUUUGGAGCCGAGAAAGAGACUAGAGCUGAGACCAGGACAGGGUCUUGUCUCUGGGAUGUAGAUUUGACCACCAAAGAGUCCUGUCUUGGGGCUGAGGAACAAGCUGGUGCUGAAGCUAGGAUGGGAUCUUGUCUCUGGGAUGAAGAUUUGACCACUAAAGAGUCUAGGCUUGGGGCUGAGAAACAGUCUGGAUUAGGAUUUUGGAUGAGGAUGGCUAGGAAUGUAGAUGAGGAUGAGCUAAGUGGAACAUCCAGCCCUGAUAUUGAAGAGAUCAGUUUAAGGUCUUUGUUUUGGGCUGACGGUGAAAACAGCAAUGAGCUCAGCUCCAAGAGUGAAAAAGAUGUCAAUUCUGAAUCUUGGACUGGAGAUAAGGACAGCAUUAAAGAACAGUUUGAGGCUGGUUAUGGAGUAGAUAUAACUUCUUGGUUCUGCACUGGUAAUGAAAACAGAAGUGAAAACAAAUCUACAGCUAAGGAUAAAGCCAAGUCAGCUGAGUCAAGAGGCACAUAUCCAUCCAUGGUUCCUGGGGCAGGAAUGGGAUUAUGGGAUGGAGCCAUGGUCUGUUCACAAGCAAAGUUUCUACAACAAACUGAGGCCACCUUUCUAGGUAAACAUGAGUGCAAAAAACAGAUGAAGCAUGGGGAUAAAACGCGGGCCUGGUCCUGCCGCUGUAAACGUGAAACCAAUAUAGAUCCACAAGAUCUUGAAAAACUGAUUUGCAUGAUCGAGAUGACUGAAGAUCCUUCUGUUCAUGAGAUAGCCAACAAUGCUCUGUAUAACAAUGUUGAUUAUCCUUAUUCUCACGACAUUGUUCGCAAUGUAGGUGGAAUCUCAGUUAUUGAGAGUUUGUUGAGUAAUCCUUAUCCCAGUGUUAGACAGAAGGCUUUAAAUGCACUGAAUAACAUCUCAGUGGCUGCUGAAAACCACAGAAAGGUUAAAACAUACUUAAGCCAAGUAUGUGAAGAUACUGUCACCUAUCCAUUGAAUUCCAAUGUGCAGGUGGCUGGACUGAGAUUAAUAAGGCAUCUGACUAUUACUAGUGAAUAUCAGCAUAUGGUUACAAAUUAUAUUUCAGAAUUUCUUCGUUUGUUAACUGUUGGAAGUGGAGAAACUAAAGACCAUGUUUUGGGAAUGCUUGUGAAUUUCUCUAAAAAUCCAUCGAUGACAAAAGAUUUGCUCAUUGCCAAUGCACCAACAGCCCUUAUUAACAUUUUCAGUAAGAAGGAGACAAAAGAGAACAUUCUUAAUGCUCUUUCACUAUUUGAAAAUAUAAAUCACCAUUUUAAAAGAAGAGCAAAAGUAUUUACCCAGGACAAGUUCAGUAAAAAUUCUCUUUAUUUCCUAUUCCAACGACCUAAAGCCUGUGCCAAGAAACUUCGAGCCUUAGCAGCAGAAUGCAGUGAUCCAGAGGUGAAAGAAAAAGUUGAGAUAUUAAUAAAUAAACUCUGAUUGGCUGUAUAUUCCCAAAUUUGAGUAACGUUUUGGUUUUGUAGUCUGGAAGCAAUACACAUUGUAAAUUUCAUUGUAAAACUGAUGUGACUAUGAGGGUCUAUAGCUGGACCAUUUUUAUGAACAACAAAUGAAUUCAAACUUGUACUGGAAAUAUAUGUGUAAAUUUUUAUCUUGUCUGGCUUGAGAUAUUUUUAGUAUGCUUCAUGAGCAGAAACUGAACUGAUUCUUCAUAAGUAAGGUAAUUUUAGUCCUUUGUGUGGACUUAUGUUUAUACAUUUGAGACUUUAUUUUUAUGUCAUCAAUAAAGUUGUGUGU